CGAUGGGUGAAGACGUGUGGCUCGUCUCUCUUUCUGAUAAGACUAGUAGCGGUAGUAGAUUUGAGUGUCUUGCGGAUUUCGCUAGCAUGAGUGUGUGCGGAAAGUGUCAAAAGCCUUGUAAUCGCCAGGCAAAAGACAAUACCAGUUGUGCCAUUUGUAAGCUAUUAUUCCAUAAUUCAUGUGUUGGAAUUAGCAUCAAGAACUCCUACAUUAAAAAUUGGACUUGUGGUGAGUGCAUCGCAUUACGUAAUAAGAAAAGCAUUGCGCGUUCCUGUAGUGUUGACGCGUCGCCCAACAUGGGACGCGGCGAACGAGUGAGGAAAACGAGUACUCCUACUCCCGUGAGCUCGGCUUGUUUUGUCAACAAUCUCUCCGCGUCCGCUAGUGAUGUAGAUGAGGUUAGCAUGAGUGCUAUCAAGGAGUUGUUUUCCCAAACGAAUGCGAGGCUUACGGCUGGUCUACAAAAAUUAGAGACGGACUUGGGUGAGUCAAUUAACCUGUGCCAUUCCAAAAUUGAUGAAUUCAUGGAACUUUUGAAGGCUCAAAAGUGUUUAAUAGAGCAACAGGGCAAGGUGAUAGAGGAACAGCACUCGCAAAUCGUGAAGCUCAAUAAGAGAGUCAGUGAGCUUGAAGUGCGUACUGAAAACCAGGAGCAAUAUUCUCGAGCAAAUUCUCUUGAAAUUUACGGAGUGCCAGAAACCAAAAAUGAGGACCCCGUGCGGAUUGUGGUCGAGAUUUGCCGUAAACUUGGUGUGCAGAUCAAUGAAACUGCAAUUGAUGCAUGUCAUCGGCUUGGCAAGCAGACUAACAGAACGAGUGCUGGAAUAAUUGUCAAGUUUGUGAGGCGCCUUGAUAAGGAGUCAAUUCUAACCAAAAAACGGGUCUUCAGGAAUUUGUCUACAAGUCAAAUUGGAGGACCUGGUCAAUAUCUCGGAAUGGUGCAGAGAUAAUGAUAUGGAUCUAAAUGCCGGCAAAUGCAAAUUUAUUACUUU